AUGGUCAGCAUUGGGUUGAGCACCGGAAUCCAUGGGUUGAACCAUAGCACAACCAGAGACAUGAUUCCGGUGUCCAUCCGGGAGAAACAGCCCACACAAACGGUGACUACUGGCCCGAAAGAGGUCAGAAGGGGCAUUAGUGUCUGAAAAAAUGGUUAUUAAAUUUGUUGUUAAUAAUGAGUAUAUGUUAUAUGUCAAAAUGACAAGAAACGCAUAAAGAGAAUGCGAAGUUUAAGUUUUCUGUGAUAAAUGACAGAAAAACAAAAAAUUCUGCCAAAAUUGGCAAAUAAAAAAGCGGGAUCGCGUUGUAGUAUGUUGUUCUGUGUUGUCGAUGUAUAGUUUUGUAUAAUCUUUUCCGGGAAACGUUGUUGAUUAGUAAAGGGUAAAGACAUGCUCGUAAUAACCGAUCUCUAGCCUAGAUCUCCCUCCCUAGUCACUUUUUUUGAUCCAAUUCCAUUUGUGAUCGUAAGCUUGGCGAGUUCUAGCCGUGUUUGCUGCAUUUUGAUCGCGUUUUAUUUGAGUUUUAGCAUUGCGGAGUUUAGCAGGCAUAGGAAGAUGCGGAAGUAACCUGUGAAGGCGUAUAGUGGAGACAGAGGCACGUCGUUUUGUAAGGUAAGUUUUUUUUCUUUUUUUAGGUGAAGAUCUAUGUCAAGAGAUUUUUCCGAUUUGCAUCAAGCAGCAGUCUCUAAGCAGCAUUCGAGGUAACCUUCGUAACAACAUACUUGUCAUAUCCCCUUCUAUACAUCAUCAGAAGUCACCAACCCCACUUCGUAGUUCCGGUAAGGAAUAGAGCUGCUUAAGAAAUCUUGGAGGAGACAAACAAUUAAAUCAGCAUUUCUUCAGGGAAGAAGAAAUGCAGCCCUAGGAUAUCGUCAAAAUCUACAAGGGAAGAGGCCAAUCGAAGAGUGGUGGCAGGAACUAGAGGACAUCAACCGAGAGUUGAAUCAACAAUUGGCAGGAACGGGGAACAAUGUCGUAGACUUGCGGCAACAGAAUUGCAAUCCUUCGCAACCCCGGUGCUCAGAGGGCUACCUUUAA